AUGGCGGAUUCGAAGGACCUGAACAUCGGACAAGGCGAACCCGUCCAUCGACAGCCUUAUGGAGAAAAGCACAUCAACGUUCUUGGUGGCAAGGGGGACGCAGACAGUACAAGCCACGACCCGCCGCCGCCACCACCACUGUAUAACGAUGACGCCGAACGGCAUGGAUCAGUCGCCAUCACUGGUAUCCGAGACAAUACCCAUCGCAAGUUGAAGCCCAGACACAUUCAACUCAUCGGCAUUGGCGGCACGAUUGGCACGGCGUUGUAUGUUCAGAUCGGUCGGGGUCUCCUCCAAGGUGGUCCUGGUAGCUUGUUUCUCGCUUUCACAAUAUGGUGCUCCUUCAUCCUGGCCGUGACGCUCUGCCAAGCCGAGAUGGUCAGCUACCUGCCCAUAAGUAGCCCUUUCAUCCGCUUUGCAGGCCGUUACGUGGACGAAGCGUUCGGGUUUGCCGCAGGCUGGAACUUCUUCAUCUUCAAAGCUAUUUUGGUACCAUUCGAAAUCACAGCCUGCAAUGUUAUCAUACAUUACUGGAGUGAUGUCGUCCCUCCCGGCGGUAUCAUCGCUAUCGUGAUCGUGCUAUAUGGCCUCAUCAACGUGCUGGCCGUGAAGUGGUAUGGCGAGUCCGAGUUUUGGGCCGCACUAGGAAAGGUUCUGCUGAUCAUCGCUCUGAUCUUCUACACCUUCAUUACUAUGCUCGGCGCCAAUCCACUCGGUGACCGAUAUGGCUUUCGCUACUGGAAUAACCCUGGCUCUUUCGCCGAGCUAUACUACGACGGCAGUCUUGGUCGCUUUCUCGGCUUUCUGCAGUGCUUGAUACAGGCCAGCUUUACUAUCGCUGGUCCGGACUACGUCUCCAUGUCUGCUGGCGAGGCAGAGAAUCCUCGAGUCGUCAUGCCAAAAGCAUACAACGCUGUCUUCUACAGACUUACGACCUUCUUCAUCCUCGGAGCUCUAUGUGUCGGCAUCAACGUGCCAUACAAUGACCCAGAGUUGUCAGCCGCGUUUGAAAACGGCGAGCCUGGAGCCGCUGCAUCUCCAUAUGUUGUGUCAAUGAACAGGUUGCGGAUCCAAGUCUUGCCGGACAUUGUCAAUGCUCUGGUGCUCACGGCUGCUUUCUCAGCUGGCAACAGCUACGUCUACUGUGCCUCUCGAAGUCUCUUCGGCUUGGCGCUGGAAGGUAAGGCUCCUAAGUUCCUGACACGUACGAAUCGCUCUGGUGUGCCAAUAUACUGCGUACUUGUCGUUCUGGCCAUCGCUCUGCUCGCAUUUCUGCAAGUCAGCAAUGGAUCGGCGACGGUGCUGGCCUGGUUCGUCAAUCUGGUCACGGCCUCGCAGCUCAUCAACUUCGCCUGCAUGUGCGGGAGUUUCCUGUUCUGGCUCAAAGCGUGCGAAGUACAAGGUCUUGAUCGCAAGUCGUUGCCGUAUACAGCGAAGUGGCAGCCGUUCACGGCGUACUACGGCCUUGUCGGGUGUACCAUCAUGGCGUUCGUCGGUGGCUAUACGGUCUUCCUCCCGGGCAACUGGGACGUGCCUACGUUCUUGUUCAGCUACUUCAUGAUCGGACUCUUUCCAACACUCUUCAUAACCUGGAAGCUGAUCAAGAAGACCCGCCUCCGAAAAUCUCAUGAGGUUGACCUCAGGGGUGAAGCCGAUGAGAUUGAUGAGUAUACGAGAAACUUUGUGCAGGCGCCCUACAGGAACAAAUUCGACAAAUGGUUCAAUGUGAUCUUUGGUGGGUGA